CCCAUUCUCUCUUUUGGGGACACAAGGAGUGUGAACUUGGGUCUGAGCACUAUUUUGACAUCUUUGGACUCCUCUUGGAUUGCAUUGCUCAUCUCUUGAGGGUAAGUUGACUUUCUGCACCACAGGCUUCACAAGUGUCUCACGUGGACUCGAGUGAGAUAGAGAUUGGGUCAUCGGAGGAAGUUUGCAGAUGUUUAGCUGUAUCUCCACUGUUAAAUUUCUGUUCGUUUUUUUACAUGCAAUGCAUCACAUGUGGGGUAAAAUAAAGUGCAGUCCUCAUUCGUUCUCCACAGCACCUAGUCGACAUGUUGCGCAACCUGCCUCUGCCCUAACACACCUGUGCCUCCUCUAUUUCCAGGUGCUUUGAUUUUUUUGCAGCCAGAAAUAAUAAGGACGUUGCCAUGGUGCUAAUGAUACUGCCGUGGGUGGGGGCCGUGUCCGUGUCGGAGAGCCUGGUGGCUUUGACCACGCUGUGUCUGGUCUACCUGUUGCUGAAGUACCUCCGCAGCGACGUUCCGCAAGGGCUGCGGCGGCUCCCGGGGCCCCGACCCCUGCCGAUCAUCGGCAACGUGCUCCAAGUGGGCAAAAGGCCUUACCUGAGCCUGACUGCCAUGAGCAAGCGCUACGGCCCCGUGUUUAAGAUCCAGAUUGGCAUGCGUCCCGUGGUGGUGCUGAGCGGCAGCGAAACGGUGCGACAGGCGCUCAUCAAACAAGGAGAGGACUUCUCGGGCAGGCCCGACCUGUACACGUUCCGCUUCAUCAACGACGGCGAGAGUCUGGCCUUCAGCACGGACCAGGCAGGUGUGUGGCGGGUCCGUCGGAAGCUGGCCUACAGCGCCUUGCGCUCCUUUGCCACCCUGAAUGGCACCACGCCGCAGUACUCCUGCAUGCUGGAGGAACACAUCUGCAAGGAGGGCGAGUAUCUGGUCGAGCAGCUCAACAAAGUCAUGAAGGCCGACGGCAGCUUUGACCCCUUUCGCCACAUCGUCGUCUCUGUGGCCAACGUCAUAUGCGGAAUGUGCUUCGGCCGCCGCUACGACCACGACGACCAAGAGCUUCUGGGCCUGGUCAAUCUCAGUGACGAGUUCAGUCAAGUGGUGGGCAGCGGCAACCCAGCCGAUUUCAUCCCGGCUCUCCAGUACCUGCCGAGUGCCACCAUGAGGGCAUUUGUAAGCCUCAACGCCCGCUUCACCGACUUUGUAAGGAAGAUUGUGGUUGACCACUACACCACCUUCAACAAGGACAACAUUCGCGACAUCACCGACUCUCUCAUCGACCACUGCGAGGACAGGAAGCUUGACGAGAACUCCAAUGUCCAGGUGUCGGAUGGCAAGGUCGUCGGGAUCGUCAAUGACCUCUUUGGAGCCGGUUUCGACACCGUCUCGACCGCCCUGUCAUGGUCAGUCAUGUACUUGGUGGCUUAUCCGGAGAUGCAGGAAAGACUUUAUCAGGAGCUGAAGAACAAAGUGGGACUUCACCGCUCUCCUCUUUUGUCCGACAAAGUCAACCUGCCCCUCCUGGAGGCCUUCAUCCUGGAAAUCUUUCGUCACUCAUCAUUCCUGCCCUUCACUAUCCCCCAUUGCACCACAAAGGACACAUCUCUGAACGGCUUUUUUAUUCCCAAAGACACCUGCAUCUUUAUCAAUCAAUGGCAAAUCAAUCAAGACCCUGAGACCUGGAAGGAUCCAUCCACCUUCAACCCGGAGCGCUUCCUGAGUGAUGAUGGCACCGAGCUCAAUAAGCAGGAGGGCGAGAAGGUGAUGCUCUUUGGCAUGGGCAAGCGCCGGUGCAUCGGCGAGGUCAUCGCGCGGCACGAGGUCUUCCUCUUCCUGGCCAUCAUUGUGCAGAGGCUGCAUUUCCACACCAUGCCCGGCGAUCCUGUCGACAUGACGCCCGAGUAUGGCCUCACCAUGAAGCACAAACGCUGCCACCUGAGAGCUACCAUGCGACCGUUUAACGUGCAGUGAAGACAGAGCGGAGAAACGUCUGUAUGAACGAUGUGCGGAGCUGGGAAAAUAAGCAACCGCAAUGGCUAUCCCAGUGAUGUACAAUGCGUGUUAUACUGCAUUUGAGUUCAUAUUACCCGACGGCUUCACCUUAAAUAAUCAUUCAAAUCUGAUCUGAGCAAAAACAUAGUGAAUAGGUGAGUUUUUCGGAGGCUACAUUUCACCCCUAAAAAAAUAAGUGACCCUGGAGUAUCGGAUUGCAAAUAAGCAGGGGAAUACUCUUCUUCCUCUGGACCAAUUUACUGCACUACUUAAGCAGCCUAUUGAAGCAGGAGUUUGGCAGCAAUCUUCUGGCGUUUCAGGAAAAGCGAAACAAAAAAAUGCGAAUAGGUGUUAAGUUCUGAAUUGCCAACCACAAAUGUGCAGGGUUUUACUGUACUCCUCUGUGUGUGAUAUGCAUUUUUAUUUAGAUCCCGCCUCCCCACCCAGUCUAGCAGUUCAGUCACUUUUAGUGACUUUUGGACCAAAUGCUAUUGUAAUAGCAGCAACACGGAUUGGUCAUGAUGCCACUUUACAAUUCAGCAACAGUCAUACUGUAAUAUAACAAAUGACUUUUAACAUAUAUAUAUGGCUCACACAAACAGGGUCAUAUUUUCAGAAUGUAAUGUACAGGCGACAUUGAAGCUAUAUUUUUUACCGGUGUCCUUGGUAUGGUUUUGAGUCCCGCUGCUAUUCUAUGACUCUGAACAAAAUACAAAUGAGCUUAGACCGUUUGUAAUUUAUAACCCAAUAUAAUGUGGACGUGAGGACACUGAAGCUAUAUUUGUAUCCGAAAAUGUGACAUUUGUGUUUUUAUUAAGUAUUUUGUAAAGCAAUUUUAUGGGGCUAAUAUUUGUAUAUAUUUGAGGGGAAUUUAUUCUGCUGUGUGUGUGUGUGUGUGUGUGUACGUACAUGCGUGCAUCCAGAUGUGUGUGUGUGUGCACACGUGUUGAUUUGAAUUUGCAAGAAUGCCAAAAAGUGAUUUUUUUUUCUGUAAUGCAAGAGUAAGCUAGUAGAUUUUGCAUUUCUAUUGUUUUAUGAUUACACGUGUAAGUGAACAUGUGAUGGUUGACACAAUAAAAAUAUGUUUUAUGAAAA